UGGCAUUACUCAGGCAAGCUUUUUGAAAAGCUGUUACUUGUACGAGUAUAUUAUUUCUGCAACAACUGUGACAUUAAUUCCCCGGUGUACUAACAAGCAAGAAGAUGGCUGAAGACUUUGUAAAGAUAUGUCAGAUCCAGAAAAAAGGAAGGGGGAGCCUAUCCCAUUAAAUUCAAUUCAAGAUGAAAGAAGUAGGGCAUUGGUGAAGGAUCCUUCCAAACGGCAGAGGAAAACACAGCCACCCCAGACGUCACACAAACGACGAAAAACAGAUACUGAGCUAGGAGAACCUGGAACCUCCAACAGGGAAAACUUCACAGAAAUAAAGUCAAGCUCUGCAGUUGUUGAGACAUACAAUAAUGGCAGGGACAACGCAAAGAGACACAAACUUGAGAUGGGCAAUCAGGAGUCAGGAAUUAAAGUUCCUAGAAUGGACGAAGAUUGUAAAGCAGAGGACAGUGGGAGCGACUAUGAAGGUCUGCAGGAUCCUCCCGUGCGACGUCAGUUACAGAACAUCCUCCGACAAUAUCCUGAUGGACCCCAGAUCAUCAGGGAGCUGGUACAGAACGCUGAAGAUGCUAAAGCCAGUACUUUCAAGGUUAUGACAUGUAUGGAGGAUAAUUUAGGGGAUGGAGAUUUUGACUCCAAAUACAAAAAAAUCUUCCAGGGACCAGCUCUAUGUGCAUUCAAUGAUCGCGUUUUUACUGAAAAUGACUGGAAAGGCAUCAAAACAAUUUAUGUCAGCGUGAAAGAAAAAGAUGACACCUUUAAGAUUGGGCGAUUUGGACUUGGGUUCAAAUCAGUUUUCCAUCUCACAGAUACACCGGUCAUCAUAAGUGGUGAUAGGCUCUUAAUUAUCGACCCAACCAGCAGGACAGAAAAAGUGUGUCACAAUGUCACCUUCAAGAAGCUUACAUCAAGGUACAAAUUCACCCUGUGGCCAGUACUGAGGAAGGUCCUCAACUUGGACAAUGGAGGCGUUUUUGGAUUGGAAACAUCUAAUGUACAAGAAGGAUAUUUCCCAAAUACUUUGUUUUGGUUCCCCCUGAGAAGAGCACCAUCCUCUCUCCUGGACAAGAUUUACCUCCCCUCAAGAAUGAUGGAACUAAUGGAAUCAUUCAGAAAAGAGGCAGACACAACCCUGCUGUUUCUUCGAUACAUCAAUUCUAUUACAAUAAUGGAAAACAGGGACAGUGUAUUGUAUGAAGUGACUAUAGAGGGAACCGGUGCAUCAGUAGACAACUUCUCUGACUUACGAGAAUGCACAAGAGAUUGGUUAAAGAACACAAGCACAAAACCAGAGGAUUCCCAAAGUGUUGCAUACAAUGCCCUGGUCAUCACAAAGGAUGGAAAAGAGGGUUCAGGAAAGAAAGCCGAGUUCAAAAUCGUCAAUUUUUACCAAGGCACAAAAGAAAUGUCACAGGAUCUCAAAACCUUGUCAGAAGAUGGAGAUAAUGCACCUUUUGUUGGCGUAGCUUAUCCUCUACAGAAGGAGGAAUCAUUUUCUGCUCAUGUGUUCUGUUUUCUGCCUUUGCCUUUUCAGUCCAGUAGUUUGACCAAUCUACCUGUACAUGUGAAUGGGUUCUUUAACUUGGACCCAGCUCGAGAUCACGUGCUACAAGCCACAGCAGGGCAGGUAGGCAAGAGAGACAAAAACAUAGAAUGGAAUGAGCUGCUGAUCAAAGAAGUGAUAUCUCAAGCGUACAUAAAGCUGAUUAAAGAACUCCUCAAGGAAGGGAAUUCACGGGAGACGAUCUACCGCUGCUUACCUGAUGUACAGAGAGUGGACAAUGAUUUGUGGAAACUCCUCCUUCACCCUGUGCUAGAGAAUGUCCUCAGAAUGAACAUCUUCCAGCCUGAGAAACAGGAGAAAACGUGGGUUAGUUAUGAACAGGCUGUGUUUGAUGUUUUUGUUGACAGAGAAAGAAAAAUGGCAAAGAAAACAAAGGAAGUUGUGAUUAAGGUGAUCAAAAAAUACGGUGAAAAUUUGGUCAGAUUGCCAGAUCAUUUGAAAAUUUUAGUAGAGUCACAUACAGAAUACAGAUUUCUACCUAAAAUCCAGCCAAAGCUUAUUAGGUCAGACUAUAUUGCCAAUCUUCUGCUGAAAGGUAACCGGUAUAAAGAGAAGAAGAGAUACACCAAAUUAGUACUUCUGGAUUAUUUCUUAGAAUAUAGUCAUCAAGAAGUAUGGAAACACCUGGAACUGUUGCCAACAAAUGACAAGACCCACUUUGUGUCUCUAGCAUCCACACUAACUCUGUAUUUAUGUUCAGAAACUGAAGCUGCUCUGUUUCCAGGGUUAGAGAGACAAUUGUUAUCUGACUUAAGAGAAGACAUGGAAGAAAAAUUGAUGUCAAUCCAAAUUCCAUCAA